UUCAAAAAGCCCGGAGUGGCGGAGAGGAGCGCGCAGAGCGGAAAGAGCCCGGCGGGCCAGGGCAGGGGCCGCUUCUCCCGCGCCCCCCGCAUGGCUCCGGCCAGCUGAGCCCGCCGCCCGUCCCCGAUCAUGUGCGCGCCGCGCUCCUCGCCGCCUUCGCCGGCCGCCGAGUGAGCCCUCCUCGCCCGCCCGCCCGGGCGCGCCGUCUGGGCUGCUCUUUCAUGGUCAGCGCCUUCGCCCUCCUCUGGCCGCGCGAUCCGGGCAGCUGCGCGCCGUGACGGAGCGGCGGCCGGCCAUGCAGGCGGCGGGGGCUGCGCGCUGGCUGCGGCGGCUGGCGGCCGCCCUGGGGCUCCUCCUCUGGGCGCUGGAGCUGCGCGGCGCCCGGGCGGACUUCACGCUGGAGAACGAGGUGCGCUCGAGCUUCAUCCACAAGCGGCUGCGCAGCCAGGAGCGCCGGGAGAUGCAGCGGGAGAUCCUCUCCAUCCUGGGCUUGCCCCACCGCCCGCGGCCCCACCUCAACGGCAAGCACAACUCGGCGCCCAUGUUCAUGCUGGACCUCUACAACGCCAUGUCGGUGGAGGAGGAGGGCGCCGGCGGCGGGGACGCGGCCGGCGAGGGCUUCUCCUACCCCUACAAGCCGCUCUUCAGCACCCAGGGGCCGCCCCUGGCCAGCCUGCAGGACAGCAGCUUCCUCACCGAGGCCGACAUGGUCAUGAGCUUCGUCAACCUGGUGGAGCACGACAGGGAGUUCUAUCACCAACGCAGCCAUCAUCGAGAAUUCCGCUUUGACCUCUCCAGGAUCCCUGAAGGUGAAGCAGUGACAGCCGCCGAGUUUCGGAUUUACAAGGACUACAUCAGAGAACGCUUUGAUAAUGAAACUUUCCAGAUUAGUGUCUACCAGGUUCUCCAAGAACACCCUGGAAGGGAUUCGGAUUUGUUCCUGCUUGACACUCGAACAAUUUGGGCUGCAGAAGAAGGUUGGCUGGUGUUUGAUAUCACAGCGACUAGUAACCACUGGGUGGUAAACCCACAACACAAUCUCGGCUUGCAGCUAUCAGUGGAGAGCAUUGAUGGCCAGAGCAUCAAUCCCAAGUUAGCUGGCCUUAUUGGAAGGCACGGCCCACAAAACAAGCAGCCGUUCACCGUGGCCUUUUUCAAAGCUACUGAGGUGCAUCUCCGUAGUAUUCGAUCUGCAGGGAAUAAAGCCCGAAACCAGAAAUCUAAAGCACCAAAGAACCAAGAAACCUUUCGGGUGUCAAAUCUUGGAGAGAACAGCAGCAAUGAUCAGAGGCAAGCUUGCAAGAAACAUGAGCUCUAUGUCAGUUUCAGGGAUCUUGGCUGGCAGGACUGGAUAAUUGCUCCAGAAGGCUACGCUGCAUACUACUGCGAAGGAGAAUGUGCCUUUCCAUUGAAUUCUUACAUGAAUGCAACAAACCAUGCUAUUGUUCAAACACUGGUUCACUUUAUAAAUCCAGAUACUGUGCCGAAGCCUUGCUGUGCCCCGACGCAACUCAACGCCAUCUCCGUCCUCUACUUCGAUGACAGCUCCAACGUCAUCUUGAAGAAAUACCGGAACAUGGUGGUACGGGCCUGUGGCUGUCAUUAAACAUACUAGACUGGAGAGCUCCAUGUGGCUCACAAGAUGUGCAGGGUGUUUUUUAAAAAAAGAAAACAUGGAUCAUUUUGAGCAAGUCUCCUUCCAAACAUGCCACAGAUCUUAGGAUUUCUGAAACAGCCAAACAGGACGAGCGCCAGACACAGGUGGCAUUUUGAGCAAGUUUUGCUUUAGCUUGCAAAGUGAAGAUUUUUCUGCAAACUGCUGCACAAUAUAAAUCAGGACUGAGGAUCAGUUUGUAAGCAGGUCCGUGAUUCUGUAGGCAAGCAAGCGCUUCCUGAAAGGUGAUUCUUCAAGGGGAAUGAACCUUUUAACAAAAAGCCAUCCGUGGUGAGAAACAUGUUUGUGCAUGUGUUUGAGUGUAUGUAAGUGUGUGUGUGUGCGCGCACAAAUUUAUAAAAGUUCCUCUUGGAGAAACGGAUAGUUUCAAUUAGAAGGAAGGAAUGGAUGUGCCUGGAUGAACCAGGUAUUCUGCUAACAUUAUUAGAGAUACCUGAAAAGUGUCCCGUUAUCUAUAUGGAUAUCUCCGUCUCCCUAUUUGCAUUGUGUGUUUGGGGUGUUUGCCCACCAAAGCAGCUAUGCAAUUUUCUCCAAGCAGAUCCUGGCCAUUGUGUGCAUAUUGUCUGCAGCUGUGCUUCUUGUUCCCCAUUCCAAAGUGCAGACAGACCGGAAGGAUUGUUGUCCAUAACAUGCUCAUUUGGCUCAACUGUGCAUUUUGUUCCCCAUUCAGAAAUAGAUUUAAGAUCUGAAUCGCUGUUGCACAUCUCCACUGCAGUUGACUUAAUUAUGCAAUGGCUUGCAUAAUUAAACUAUCAGUCUCUCUUUCUUCUUCACAAUAAAAUGUGUAGCGGAUCAGCGGUGAUGGUUGCGAAUCUGCAUCCUGUUGAGGAGUCUUAGCCACAAUUGCAAACAUUUGGUUUUCACAUGGAGAACCAAUAAUAAUAAUAAUCACAGAAUCUGAGCAUCCCUAAAUUGACCUUCUUUCCUGUCGUUCAAUCCAGCUUCAGAGGCAAGAGAAAAGUCUAAGGCUUCAGAACAGGAAAAUUCUUUAUAUGCAUGGAGAUGUGCUUAGUACAGAAAUUAUCUGUAUUUCUGAACAGCUUUCUCCCAUCCUCUGGUUCUACAUUUCUGUUUUAAUUUCUUACCAAGUCUGGCAUGGGAAGAGUAGGGAACAACUGUAAGAUGAGAAGCUAAACAAAAGAAUACAGUGGAUCAUAUCCAGCAGCUUCCCAUAGAGAUCCAAAUUGGAUGCAGAGAUCACUAUCUUAAAGGCAUGGGUUAGGGUACGGGCAGUAUCCUUAUCUAAGGUUCAGGUGAUAUCAUUCCUCUUGGGUUUUUUUGUAACCCUGUAGAUAAUAGAUCAUACAUUCAGAAUUUUGAAAGGGUUGACUACAAAUGUCUUACAGAAUUUAGGCAAGGGAAAGAAACUUGGAGGGACUUGAACAAGUCUAAAACGUGGGGACUACCAUGGAUUAAACAGAAGUCAGUGAGAAGAGAAUGGGAGAAAUCCUGAGCAGGUGUACUCAGAUGAAAGGCCUGUUUUACUCUGAAGAAAGCGUUCUUGGGGAUGCAGACAAUUUGUCAUUUAAGACUAAUAAUAUUUUAAAUUGCACCAAUGGAGAGAAUUGUCUCCCAGAGUGGCAGCAUUAAAGGGCUGUUGUGUUUGGCCUGGGUCUGACCAUCACUGAACAUAUGAAACUGCCCAACAGUUGGGUUCGACCCAUCACUUUGCCAUUAAGCUUGUUGAGAAGAUCAGUCACACACUCUCAGCCUAGCCUUAUCGCUCGUGUUUGUUGUAGGAAUGAGAGUACCAUGUACAUCUUGGGGCAGGCGGGAAGUGUACAUCUCGGGAGAAUGGCAGGAUUAAAAAUAGUGCUAGAUAGGUGUUGUAGGAAUGGAAUGGAAGAGCAGCAAGGAUGUUCCAGAAAUACUUGGUUAAGCCACUUGCACUCAUUCCACCUAUCUUUAAAAGGUUUUUGUAUACAAUCAAACUAUGAAGGGGUUGGAACACUUUUCUAAUGAGGAAAGGGUGACAUGUUUGGGGAUUUUUAAUUGGAGGGGAGAAAGCGACAAGAAGGGGAAGAAGCAUUGUUUUACAGGUUUCUAUAAAGAGCUUGGAGAGGAAGUCUUCUGCCUCUCUCGUAUUUGAACCAAGUCAUCCUUUGAUGAAGUUAUGGUAGAUUCUGGACAGCAAGGAGAAAGUGUUUCACGCACAAAGUUUUGGACUCACUACCACGAGACAUUGUGAUGGUCACAGUGUCUUGAAUGACUCUUUAAAAUGUGUACACGUGAAUGGAACCCAUUGUAGCUCAACCCCAUUCAUAUAAAUAAGUACAAAAGACAAAGGGGAAAAAAUUCCCAUUGUCAGUUUUUCUCUGCUUAGCAAACCUUGAAUUUCAAAUGCAAACAAGUGCAUUCUGUUAAUGAAAAAGUUCUUAUGGUUGAUUUCCACCCCAACCCCCCAAACACCAGUUAUAGUACAACUCUAAUAAAACAGACAGAGCUUUGUUUAUUUCCCUUUGGAAUAGCUAAUAAACAUGGGGAAAUGGGAUGGUGGAGGUAGGCAUAAACUCCCUUCCCAAUGGUAAGUUCCAGAUUGGGGCACCACAUGUAGGCUAUUUAAAAGAGGAAGAAAAAAAAUAAACCCUCUUGAGGGCGCAUACCCAGAAUUUGCAUCACUACGUCUGUUUUGGUCCUACCAGUUGGAGGGUCAGUUGGAUCUGACAGUGCAAGACAGUUUCAUAUGUUCAUGGAAGGAUUUGGGCUUGUGUCUUCCACUUACAGCUACUCUACCCUACUGCCCUGCACUAGCCCUUCUAUAGUACUGGCAGAAGUAGCACAAAUAGCCUGUAUGAAGGGCAGCAACCCCCUUGUCUUCCAAGUUUAAACAUUAGUGUGCAAACGUGUAUAUGCAUAAAUUGCAAAAUGGAUGGAUUUCUAAUGUGACCUUUGGGACUAAAUUAGGUGCCCACUCCUAAUUCUGGGGAAGAGAUGUGGAAGGACUCCCUGUGAAGCCUCCAUGAGGCUCCCUAAAGCCUUACAAUAUGGAGCUCCUUCACAGAGCUGCUGUAGCAUGGUGGUUAAGUUGUUGGACUGCGAAUCAUAGCUUUGCUGGUUUGAAUCCCACUACUGCCAUGAGUGCACUGUUAUUACUGUUGUUAUCAUUUCCAGAAGUCUCCCAUUGGUCUGGCACAUCACAAGAGAAAAUACAGGUAGAGGGAAGUGUUUGGAUUGCAUGUAGGUUCCAGUAUCUGCUUUAUUUUCAGAGGAAAUCACUUAAGGCAAUAAGCACAAUAUGCGUAUUGAUAACUAGAAAGAUCACCACCAAAUGUUUGGGAUCGGUUGCACGCCCCAGGCUGUCAUGUGUAACUCGGAGUGUUUGAUAAAUGCAUUGGAAUGUUUGAUAAUGCAAAUAAUGGAGAGAGCAGAGGGGAGUGGAUUGGCCUACUUGCUGAUGAUGUCACAAUGGACCAUCACUUGGUAUUGAGUGUAAUGAUUGUUCUGAGAAGGAAAAUUUUGUGGGUUAUUUCUCGGGUGAAAGAUUGCAUGGGCACAUGCAGCUAUCUCUUAUCUUCUCUUUUCCUUUAGUUUUUUUUAUUGUACCUCUCCGGCUCACACUGGUGAAGCAGGGAGGAAGAAGUGGACAGAUCUACACAUGGGCUUGCAAAUUACAAAAAACCUAUUAUAUACUUCUGGGGUGCACUGAGCCUUGUUUGGGGAGUUUGGAAGCUUCUUCAAGAAUUAACACGAUGAAUUAAAUACCACCCUGUAUGUAUAUAAUAUGGCCAUGGGUAAGCUUUUGAAGUGCCUUGCCUUGCAAUCCACAUUGGCGGCUAUCCUUCGACAUGGGAGGGCCACCGUUGAUAAAUUCUUUCACUGUGUACACUCCAAUCUCUUUAUCUGUUUUAUGGGGAUAUUCAUUUCCUGGGUUUAUUUCUAUUUUUUCCCCUAAAUAAACGGCAGGCUUUCUGCUAAAGUUUUAUGUAAGCUCCACUGUUUGUACAUGUUUGUGUAAAUAGUUUUCACAAAAGCAGAACAAAAUUAUUUAUUUCAGUCUCUGAAUUUCCUUUAUCCCCCCCAAUCUCAUUCAGGAAGAAAUGAUUCAUCUCCCUUUUGAACACAUUUGUUUCCUUAUUUAAUAAAGUAUUUAUUAACAACUGUUGGCAAAAAAUAUACAUUUUUGGGUCUUUUUUCCCCCUUUAAAGCAGUUGUUUUAGAUUGUUGUUUGUGCAAAUUAGUCAAAUAAAUCCUUGUGGUUUUACAUGUUUUA